GCGCUGACGGGCUGAGCAUGCACAAAAGGGAGCUGUCCUGAAACUUUGAUACUCACAGAGAUUGACAAGAAAAGAAAUGGAGAAAAAAAAAUGACCAUUGAGGAGAGCGGAGACAGAAGCAAUGCCAAUGAAGCUGCAGUGGAGCCAGACGACCAAAAACAGAGUGCAGACAGCAGUCCUGAUGCUAGAGAGAAAUGGGCCAAUAAGACUGAGUUUUUGCUGUCCAUGGCUGGAGAAAUUAUAGGCUUGGGAAACGUGUGGCGCUUCCCUUACCUGUGCUACAAAAAUGGAGGAGGUGUGUUCUUCAUCCCAUAUUUCAUAUUCCUCUUCUUCUGUGGAAUUCCAAUCUUCUUCCUGGAGACAGCAUUAGGUCAGUACACCAGUGAAGGAGGCGUCACUGCUUGGAGGAAAAUCUGCCCCAUGUUUGAAGGGGUGGGUGUGGCCUCCCAAGUUAUAGUGAUCUAUCUGAAUAUAUAUUACAUUGUGGUGCUGGCCUGGGCUCUGUUUUAUCUCUUCAACUCUUUCUGGAGCACUCUACCCUGGACUUCCUGCGACAACUACUGGAACACAGGAGGAACAGCACACUGUCCCGGAGAACUCGCCACUGUCGUCUGCCAUUUGCCGGAAGAAGGAAGAGCCUCUGCCGUACACUGGGAGGUGGAGGGGCCGUUGCCGUCCGCCAGGGGAUGGAGGGGUCACUGCCAUCUGCCAGGAGGCAGAGGAACUGCUGCCGUCCACCAGGAAGCGGAGGAGCCGUUACCGUCCGCCAGGGGACAGAGGACCCGCUGCCAUCCGCCGGGAGGCAGAGGAACUGCUGCCAUCUGCCAAGGGAUGGAAGAGCCGCUGCCAGCCGCCAGGAGGCGGGGGAGCCCGCUCAUUCACAAACCUUACGCUGACUGGUCUUUCCUCUACAAUGAAACGGACAGAUCUGGCGGUAACAACAGCAUGAGUUCUCACAAUGAAUCUGGAUGGUCGCCCUUUAAAGUCAUUUCACCGGAACAAGAGUAUUGGUUUCAUCGUAUGUUGCGGGUAUCGAACAGUGGUGGUCUGGAGAGUGUGAACUCUGAUCUUGCCAUGUGUCUUCUGUUGGCCUGGGUCAUCUGUUAUUUCUGCAUCUUCAAAGGGGUCAAGACCACGGGCAAGGUUGUGUACUUCACAGCUACAUUUCCAUAUUUAAUGCUGCUUAUCCUGUUCAUCAGAGGAGUGAGUCUGCCGGGAGCUGGAACUGGCAUUGCUUAUUACCUGUAUCCUGAUAUCAGAAAACUCUCCAACCCUGACGUGUGGCAUGAUGCAGGCACGCAGGUGUUUUUCUCUUACGCUGUGUGUCAAGGAGUGCUUACAGCGCUGGGCAGUUACAACAAAUACAACAAUGACUGCUACAAAGACUGUAUAGCACUCUGCGUUCUGAACAGCUCCACCAGCAUCUUUGCUGGGUUUGUGGUUUUCUCCAUUCUAGGGUUUAUGUCUCAUCAGCUGGGUUUACCCAUGGAAGAGAUUGUAUCAUCAGGUCCUGGAUUAGCAUUCAUAGUGUAUCCCAGAGCUCUGUCUCUUUUAACUGGACCCCAGAUCUGGUCUUUUCUCUUUUUUCUGAUGGUACUCUUGCUGGGUCUCGACAGCCAGUUUGUGUGUGUGGAGAGUUUAGCCACAGCACUCACAGAUCUGUUUCCUGAAAAGCUAUGGAAGCAUCGAAAGCUUUUGGUUUUGGCCAUCGCUGUUGUCUGCUUCUUACUGGGUCUGCCAUUCAUCACAAAGGGAGGAAUCCAUCUGUUCAAUUUAAUGGACACUUAUGGCCCCAGCGGAACAAACUUGCUCUUUAUCGCUUGCUUUGAGACUGUUGUUAUUGCAUGGGUCUACGGUGCCAGCCGUUUCUAUGACAACAUCGAGGGUAUGAUAGGAUACACACCAUUUCCUGUGCUUAAGUAUUGCUGGCUCUUCAUUACACCCUUCGUCUGUGCAGCCACUCUGUUGUAUAACCUCUUGGGUAGUAAAUCUGCGACAUCCGAUGAUGAAUUUGUGCCAGACUGGAGUUAUGGAGUUGCACCUCUGCUAACACUUAUUCCUAUGAUAUGCAUUCCAAUCUUCCUGCUCAUCUCUUUAAGAAAGGGUCGUGACAUCAUCACCCCUUCGAGUGACCUGAAGCAAAUCCGACCAAACAAUCCACGCCUCACAUUGUUUAAUCAUGUCAUCAUUAAACCACAGAGAUUCCAACAUCAGGAAGAUGGAGAGGAGAAAGUCAUCAAAGACCACACCAGUGGAGUUUGAGAAUGCAAAAUUAGAACAUCACAUUUUAUAUCAGCUUAGAUUAGACUUUUGUUGGGUUGUUUCUAAUGUAAAGGAAAAUGUCAAUCAGGGUGUCAAAUAAACACAAUUAAUUUCUUUGUUGGUUAAAUUGGUUAGAGUAAUCUGACUAUGUUAAACCAGCAUACUGUACAGUGCUCAAAUUUGCUGUCCUUUAUGAUUGUUUUUCAGAUUGCACAAUAUGACCCCAAAUGAGAUCUUUGGAAAAGCUUGCUGCAGACUGUACAAAACCAAGUCUUUUAUGUCAGACAAACCACUAAAACACAUUGUUUAUGCUAGCUGAAAAAUUCUUAAAGGAAUAGUUUACCCAAAAAAUAAUUCUGUCAUAACUUAUUCAUCCUCAUGGCAUUCCAAACGUGUAUGUCUUUCUUUCGUAUCCAGUAUAUGAAAGAAAAAUUCAUAGCGACUCACUUUAAAUCUUAAAAAAAAAAAAAGAAAAUUGAUAUCAAUUGAAUGUUCAUUAGUGCAUGAGAGAAACUCAUUCACUGUGGCAUGCAUUUUCACAAACAACAUAGUGGCAAAAAUUCAGCUUUAUUCAUAAUUAAUUUUUCACAUUCACAUGAGUCAGCAAGCAACCAUUAAAUACUAUUGGGAAAAGAUAUCCAUUAUGAGAAGAUUCUUCAGCUUAAUAUUCAAUAAUUAAAAUGCUAUUAUUAGUGCCUCUGAAUUUAUCAGCUUAAAAAAAAAUAAAAAAAACUUCCUUUCACAAGUAAGGGAUAUUUUCAUUAAUUCCUUUUAAAGUAAAACAUAUUUUUUUAGAAAAGUCUUUGAAAGGAAACUGGCCAUAUUUCAAGCUUUGCAAUUAACAUUGGAUAGACAUUGGAUAGUACAAAACAUUUUUGUUAUUAGCGUAUCAGUUUCAGCAUGUUCAUACUGUAGAUUUCACAGUUCAUGUGAGUUCAUAUAAAUGUCUUGAGCUGUUUACAUUUUCUUAUCUGACUUUCAUGUUGACGUUUUUGUAGAAACAAAUUGUCAAAAAUAUUAAUUCUGUCAUAUUGGUGUAUUUGGUGUCUAUAAACAACAAAUUUUUUUUUUGCUAUGUUAUUAUUUGCUCUCCACUAAUUUAUCCAUUACCAAACAAUAUGUCUGGCCAUUUUCCAAAAAUACCUUUCAGUGUGCUUUGAAC